AUGAAUUUGGAGCCAUGUCCCGAGGCCGCCGCCGCGGCUCAUUCUCCUCUUCGGGAGCAGCUCUCUGUAAUCCCAGCCCCUCAUCUUUUCUCUUCCUUCCCCUCUUUCUUUUCGACGUUUCCCCGAGGUUCAACUUGGCUUGUACUAUAGUUCGAGUUCUUCUCUUUCGUUCUGAUUUCUCCUCAUGAUGUUCAAAAUAAUCCGUUCUUGUAAGGAAGCUUUUCACUCCUCUCUUUUGACUCCUUCCUUACUUUAGUUUUAAUCCUGUGGAAACACAUGAUUCUUGUCAGACUACUGAUGAGGCAUAGAAAAAGCAAUUCCUUUAUCUUCUUUCUUUCAAAUUGUUUAUUGGACUAGCCCAACUUGUUCUAUAGUUCUAGCUCUUCUUUUUCAUUCCCAUUUCUUUCCCUGAUGUUCAAAAUAAUCCACUAUCAGCUCCCAUAGGCUUUUGACUCUUUCUAAACCUGUCUUUCUUUUUUUAUUCUGUUCCUUUAUUUAUAUCAGAAUAUUGAUGAGGCAUAGAAAAAAAGCGAAAUUUCAUGUCUUUUUUUUUUUUUUUUGUUUUUUUUGAAGGUCUAGCCUAACUUGCUCUAUAGUUCGUGCUCUUCUUUUGCUUCUUGAUUUCUCCUUUUGAUGCUCCAAAUAACCCUAUUUUAAUAAAUUUGAACUUUUUUAAAGCCUAUUUUUAGUUUUCAUCCUGAGCGGACACUUGAUUUAUAACAAAUUACUUAUGAGGCAUAAAAAGCGGAUUUUUCGAAUAUUUUUUUUCAACGUUUUCUGAAUUUCAACUUGACUUGUAUAUUUUUUUUUUGCUUUUCCUUUUGAUGUUCAAAAUAAUCCUUUCUUGAUAGCUUUCCUUCAGUUUUAAUGUUAAUCUUAUACUGGAAUAUUGCGUUUGUAGGAUACUCAAAAUAAAAACUAUCAAAAAAUGCAAAAUUUUUCUCACGAAAAGGGGCGGGACUUCGUGGCCUCUAACUAUAGUGUGAUUUCUUCAUUUUCCUUCAGUUUCUACUUCAUGAUGUUCAAAAUAAUCCUCUCUUGGUAGCUUUUGACUUUAAUCUUGUGUGGAGACUUGACUUAUAUCCGACUUCAGAAGCAUAUAAAUAUUUUCUCUUUCUUUUUACGGUCUCUUUAAUUUCUGAAAUUUAACUUGAAUAUUAUUAUAGUUUAACUCUCCUUUUUUUCGUUCUUAUUCAUCUUCAAAUAUUCGAAAUAAACUUUUCUUGUGAAAUUCUAUACAAAAAAAAACUGAGCUGAUUUCUUCAAAAAACACUAUGUGAAAGCUCAAAUCUCUAAAGUGAUCACUUCCCAAGGUCUUCAAAUAUUUUUCCUAUUAUUCGGUAGAGCUUCAUGAAUUUUUUUGAAAUUCAUUAAUCUAAAAAACAAAAAUUUUUCUUCCUGACCCACCAUCUCAAUGGAAAAUUGAACUCGAUGACGAUUUCGCUGCCCAUUUUUCGUCCAUUUUUGCCUUUUUACGGCCUUUUCGUUGGUUUUUAUAGCCUUCGGGGCCGGAAAUCGGCUUUCUUCUCAUCUCUCAACUCGUUUUUUUCAAUCAUUACUUUUUCUCGUUUUUUUCUCUCCAUUCUAUUUGGUUGUUUUUUAGUUUUUCUGUUGUUAUCACUCGGAUUUACUUCCUAUGAAAAAUAAGAGAUUAAAUUUAGUUUGUUGAAUACAAAUCACAAAUUCCCAGAAGAAAAAAAACACGAGUUUUGGAUUUUUUUUUUCUCGCUAUCACUAAGAAUAACUGCCGAGAUAAACGCGAGACACUGGCGGUACAUUGACGAGCUCGCAAACAUCUCGCUUUUUUUCUCGCGCCGGUCUCGCAUUAGUCUGGGCGCGAGCUCGCAUUUUUCUAGGCGCGAGCUCGCAUUUCUCUCGCAAUUUGAAAAUUUCCGAAAUGCAAGAUAAAUGCGAGAUGGCGCCGAGAAAAAUGCGAGGUCGCGCCGAGAGAAAUGCGGGGUCGCGCCUAGAAAAAAGCGACAUUUUUGCGAGUUAGUCAAUGUACCGCCACCGAGCUCGCGUUUAUCUCGUCAGUUAUUCUUAGUGAUGUCAGUUCUUUCCGCGAGCAAAAAUUUUUCAGUUUUUCUUUCAAUUAAAAAAACUUUUGCUUGAAAUUAUAAAAAAAAACAGCAUGGGGAUCAAUCCUUUUUUUUUUUCAUAAACUGCUAUUUUUCAAAUGGGGCUUCGCAAAUUUCUUUUUUUUCCAACUUUUCAGAUUUUAUGCGUGAAGUUAUUUUUUUGUUCAAACUACGCGCGAAUCAUGAAAUUCUAUCAAAAUUAAGCUGAAAAAGCUCAAACCUUUUCGAAAAAAAGUUAAAUGAAAACAUCGCUCUUGAAUCUGAAAAAAUUAUCGACAUGUUAACUCCAGAGCAAAACCUAACGAUUAACUUUUCAAUAAUGGCUUUUUGGUAAUGCUUCAUCUAUAAACCCAUUCAGAAGACUUUUAAAAUUUUUUUUUAAAGUUCUAAGAAAGUUCAAAAUUGUUUUGAAUAAUUUUAUGCACUUCUAUAUUCUUUUGUUUACUUCUCGUUCUCCUUAAAAGGAGGCUAAUUUCAUUUUUAUUCUCAAACAUUGAAUUCUCAAAUUUUUGCAGUCUGACGCUCCAGUGUUUUAUAAAGUCGUCUUUUACCGGUUGAGUAGACAGUUUUUACCCUUUGAAAAGCUCUUUCUCCAAAAAUUUGUUUAUCGAGCAAGUCUAAAUUUACUUCUCCAAAAAAAUCAUCUGAAAGUAUUUAAGAGAAUGCGCGAAAAGUUGUAUCUUUCAAGUUGUAGAAGACUUCUUGAGCUUCAUUUUCUUCAAAUUUCGUUUUUUAUAGAAAUGGGAAAUUUCUAGAUUAUUUGAAAAAUUUUCAGAAGUAUCGUGGAAGCGAGUGUCGGCGGGGGGCGACUCCGAAGGCCGACAAACGCCGGUCGCAUUGGACACGAUCAUGAGUCUCGCCGGCUCGACCAUGCAGGCGUAUCGCCAGUUCGUUUCCAUUCUUCUUCUUAAAAAUUGAAUUAUAUUCAUAUAAAGACCUGUAGACAGCAAAAAUGGGAACUAAGAGGGAGCAGAACUUUCUAAAGAUAGGUCAAGAAUAACUGCCGAGGUGAAAGCGAUGUCGCUGGCGAUCUCGCAACUAAAUUCUUAUUUUUAUUAAAACCUUUCUUUUAACAUUCCUUUUGAGUAGCAAAAGGUCUUUGAUCCUUGAAACGUAUCCUACAAACUAAUUCUCACCAAGCCUCUUAAUUAACGAAUCUCCAUGGGAACGCGAAAAUCUCGCUCCAUUUUAAUACUUUGAAGUCCCACCCAUUCCGUUUCGUAGUCAGGUGAGGCUUCUCUUUUGCCAUUUCUAAUCGCGGAAUGGUCGACUAGUCUCUUCUCUUCAAGGUAAAUUGAUAAUUUAUUCGUAAAAAUUGAUUUUAUCGUAGCUUUUUCGAACAGCACAAGUUUGCUCCAGCGAAAUGAUUCUUUAUGAGCUGUUUUAAGUUGUUUUCUACAACACUCUUGCAUUAAUAAAAUUUGCGGUGAUUGAACUGAAGUUUGAAAAAUGUCAGAAACUUUUUUGAGAAUAUGGAAAAUUCUAGGAAAAUAUCGAACUUCGUAUCCAGUUUUUCAAAAUUUGAAAAAAAAAAGAUUUUAUUGAAGUUUUUUUUGGCCUUACUCAGUACAAGCUUAAGCUGUUUUAACUUUUUUUGAAACUUUCAGAUUUUUCAAAACAAAAUAUAAAUUCAGAAUUAAGAAAAAUUCAAAAUUGAGUUUCAGCUUCAUCUUGCACGGUCAUUUCUUUGAAUCCUAGAAAUUUUUCAAGAUUUCAAGCUCCCAACUCAUUUUUUCAACUUUAUUUUUGUGUAAUUUGCAAAAAAGACCAGGUUUCCUGUGUACUAGGAAAAUACUGUGAAACUACAAAUUUCUGUGAGAACAACUUCAAAGGAUUUUUCCCUCGAACUCAGCUGCCUGCAGGUGUGCAAAGCACCUGCGAGCUUCCCGCAGAUGCGGAUCGAUCCUUCCCAUUUCAUGUCAUUUGCUCCGGUCACUUGCCACAAAAGUUUCUCCAUAUCUUUAGAAGUAUAUACUUUAAUAUACCAUAAAUUAUGGCAUUUUCCGUAAUUUUAAGUAGCACUUUAAAAAAAAAUCCGAGAAACUUUUUCUGGGUGUUAAGGAGGUUUAAAAAAAUCGUUUUUUUAAAAAAAAAUGCUCUAUUUUUCAAACUUGAAGCCUUUCAAUUCAGAAAAAUAUUUUUCAUGAAGCUCUAGAAUUUUUUUCUUUCUCGACAGACUUUAACUUGUUUUUUUAAAGUAAUAGUUUAAAAAUAAUUUUUUUUAUUACUUCAGAAGAGUUGACAAAUCAUUUUUACUAUAUAAAAGAUUUAUUUCAGUCAUAAGGAGAAAUUGACAUUAAAAAUCGAAAAAAGGCACACAACAUUGACGUGAAUGGAAAAAAUAAAAAUAAGCCCGCGUACUAGAAAAAGCCCCAAAACUUUUAUCAGCUAUUUUUUGGCUUUUUUCUGUUUCGUUGACGUUUCCUCCCUUCAAAUCCUCGCCAACUCACUCCGAUCCUACCACUCGAGUCCCAGCAACUUUUACCUGAAAGUAAUUGACGAAACAUCGUGUUUGCCUGUGCGGGAAAUGCGAGCCGACGACGGCCUGGUCUUGCCGCAAAAACGAGACUUGUCCUCUCUCCCACCGUCAUCACGGCCGGCCGCUGAAUCAAUAGCGCGCUCCACGGACACUUUUCUCCGGCGCCCUCCGCUUUUCCCGUGCUCUUUCGCCUUCUUUUUCCAACGCAUUCAUUCAUCCUCGUCGCCCAACGACUCCAAAACCGCCUAAAACGGCAUGAACUAACCUUUUGUUCAUUUUGUUCAGCUUCUGACUGGUAGUUCUUGCUUUUCACAACCUUUUGAGCUAGCUGAAACGAGCCGUUUCUUUUGAAUGAAGCUGUGAAAAAAAAAUUUAAAAGUUCUUGAUUUUUUUUUGUCCAAUAAAGGAGUACUGUCUACGCUUUGGCUGCGAGAGCUUCAACGGAAAAUACAUUGAACUUUACGACCAUUUCUUCUUUUUUUCACGUUUUUGUUUUUUUGUCCCUUUUGGAGUUCAAAAAAGAAAAAUAAGUAUUUAUUCAAAUAACUGCUCCAGCUUCAUUUUUAUCAAUUUCGUUAUUGAUUUGCUAAAUUUUCAUAGCUGAUUCGAUUCCUAGUUGAAAUAGAAGUUUCAAUUAAAAUUUUUGAAUGUGUACAUCAAAUUUGUGUGUCGGAAAAAUUUUCUUAUUGAUUUCUUUCUAGGCUUGAAGUCCAAAUUGCGAAAGAGCUUGUUUUAUUUGCUAGUUUUCCUACACGCGAUCUGUUCUCUGACUCAUCUGCGUGUUUUUUUGUUUCACUUUUUUCAAGUUUUAUCUGUAAGCUUUUUAAAAAAAUUGAAAGUUUUAACUAAACACUGUUAAAUUUUUUUAGAAAAAGAUUAAAUGUUCAUAAGAAUAUUGUACAACUUCAAAAUUUCUCUUUUGGAAUGUGAGUUUCUUGAGUUUCUAUUGAUGGAAUCUACUUAAUUAGCCAACGAAAAAAAAUAUUUUUUUAUUGUCUUAUUUUAUUUAAAAGGGAAGGUUUUUGAUAUUCAUUGAACUGCUUCGACAUGUUCCUUCAUAAUUCGACAACUUUGGAUUUUUAUUCUUAAGUUCCACUCAAAUAGAAAAUGAAAACAAGCUUUUUUUUUUUUGAAUUCCCGAUGAGAUUGAUUAUUUUUUCAGGCGAAAGAUCGAGUCUCUGGCGAAAAUGUCCAACAUGUCGCAGGACGACGUGACGACGGGCCUGAGGACCGUCCAGCAAGGCCUGGAAGCCCUCAGGGAAGAACAUUCUGCGAUUAGUGCGACUCUCGAGGCCAGCGUCAAAGGUUAGUCGGUGUGAAAAUAUUGAAAAUGAGGGAGAAAUUGGAGAAUUUCCGGUUGUUUUUUUUUCAAAUUAAUAAGAAAUAUUAUUCAAACUUAAGUGAGGAAUUCUUUUCAGGAGUGAAAGAAGAUGAAGCUCCAUUGCCGAAAGAGAAACUCCUCCAGAUCAACGACAAUUUGAACGACGUUCAAGUCGGUGUCGAUGAAACUUCGGUUCGUUUUCAUUUUUAUUUUCUUUCUAUUGAGAAAAUUGUCAUAACGGAAACAAUAGGGAAGAGUUUAUUUUUAUAUAUUCUACCCCAAAAACAGAAGAAGGACAAUGAAAAAUAGGUUUUUUUGACCUAUGAGCUGAUCGAUAAAAAUUGGAAAGUUCACAGUUUCUUUAACAAAAUUAAGCAUUUUUAGAUUUUUCAGUGGAGCAAGACAAUUUUUUUCUAGUUUUUACUUUAUUUAUAGUGGAUUUUUUGUCGAUUGGCUGAAUUUUAGUUGAGUACUGAAAAAGUUUUUUUUCAUGUGACUAUCUUUUAACUUCAGAUCUUAGCUUGUUUGGGAGGAAUACCCCUAUUUUUCUUAUUUAUUUAAAAAGUUUUUUUUUUACCGAUUCAGAAUAUUUUUUUCAGUGGGUCCUAGUACAAUUCAGUUUUUUUAAACCUUGAUUAAGCUGACUAGAACAUUUUAACUUCUGAUUUUCAUUUAAUCUCAAUUUAUCAGUUGAUUUACCGUUUCAAAGAAGAUGACUAAAAAAUGAAGCUGAACCCGGAUUCCAAGCCGAUCAUAAAAAAAAAUCAAUUUAUAUGUAGUUUGAUCAUGUUCUAAACUUUGAUUUAGCUGUAAUAGAUCUAGAAUAAACUAAAUUCGGAUUCUCAACUCAUUUUGAUAAAAAUUAGUUUAUAUAUAGUCUGUGUGCCAUGACUUGAAUUUCACCGAACGACAUUCCGCUGUUCCGCUGCGUGCGUUCGCGAAGCGUCUUUCGAAUCUGGGUCACUUAUUGCUGUGGGAGCACAUGAAAGUAGAGUACCUCAAUAAAAGAAAAAAAAAUUAAAGCGCGACCAAGGCUCGCAAAGGCGCGCAGCGGCACACCGGAAUGUCGUUCCGUGAAAUUUUAAGACGUGGUACACAGGCUAUAUCAAAAAGCUCGAUCAAGUUGAUUGAAACAAACUAAAAUUUAUUUUCCAUGGUAUCUCAAUCAAUUUCUUUAAACUCUUUUUUUCAGUCGAUUGAUCUUUUUCUAAACCUUGACCGACUAAAACGAGCCAAAUUUCAUUUUGCAGCUGAUGCUGAUGGUUUUCCAACUGACGCAGUCGAUGGACGCCCAAAACCAACGUUACCACGCGCAGAGACGUCGGCUGUGUCAGGAGAACGCCUGGCUGCGCGACGAGUUGAGCUCCACACAGGCCAAACUUCAACAGAGUGAACAGGUAACAUCGUGAUUCCCGAAUUUGCAGGUUAAGUCGAAAAAAAGGUGUUAUUUCGUUAGAACACUUUGAAAGCAUAGAAAACUCAUCAUUUGAUUAAUUAAAUUGAGAAAUUAAUUAAUUUUAGAUGUUCUUAAAGGGCUCGAAAACUGAUUUUUUUUCUCUCAAUAUUUUGAUUUUUUGAAAGUCGAUUGAAACAUAGAAACGUGCUGAUGUACUUAGGAAGGCCAGAGUGGUCCCUAGAGGGCUCAGGGGUUAUCUCAGUCUCUAGAAGGACAGAAAAGUGCUCCCUAGAGGAGUAACAUUUAAAUGUUCCCUUUAGGGAUUUAGGAACUAACCCUAAAGCCCCUAAAGUGACCCCUAUAGAGGUUACAGUUAGAUGUCCCUUCAGGGAUUUAUGAUCUAACCCUAAUGCCUCCCUAUAGGGGUUAGUGGAAAUAAAAAUUGCUCCCUGGGGUAAAAUUUAAACGAUUUCUUUAGGAGUUAAGGAUCUUACCCUAAGGCCUCUGAAGCUUAAGUGACCCCUGUAGGGGUUUUUAAUUUUUUUGUUCCAAUUUGAAAAAAAAAAUAAUAAUUGAUCGAAUAUUUCUCUGUUGAUUUUUCAUUCGGAAAACGUUAACUUAUGGAUUUUUUCGCAUGCUGCCCUAUAGGGCCCACUUUUGCAAGCUUUAGGGUAGGUGAAGUGGUCCAUAUAGUAAAAUCUUUGACCCUGAAUCUUCCAAGAAUUUCUCAAGAAACUGGAGGUUUUUUUCCAGAUGGUCGCACAAUUGGAAGAGGAAAACAAGCACCUGAAAUACAUGGCUUCAAUCAAGCAAUUUGACGACGAUUUGGUUGGUUUUGAAGUUCAGGAAACAUGCGUUUUGGAAAUUUAGUUCAGAAAUGUUUCAUGUGAGUAAUAAGUUGAAAAUAGACUGGCAUUUUGAGGUAUGUGAAUAUAUGGUUUUUCAGUUUCGAAACCUUUUUAAGCCUUAGGCUGUAUUUUUUUUUUAAAUUUUCAGGAGUCUUUAGUUUUUUGAGGAUUCAGUUCAAGAAGUGUUUAUUGUGUGAUAAUUUGCGAAUGAAAUGACAUUUGGUGGUAUUAUUAAAAAAUAAUUGAUUCUUCUGUUUCGAAACUACUAUAAAGUUUAUAUUUUUUGUCCUACAGUUGUUGGUUCACGUUCUCUCGAUCCAAAUGAGUGCUCUAAAAUGAUUUUUUGUUUUUAAGUUUUUUUUAAUUUCAUGAUGAUAAAAGUGUGUAAAUUUGAAGCCAAACGACGCGAAAUCUUCGGUGGACAUCACAAAUCAGCCGUCGACCAAUGAGACGCUUCAAGACCUUGAUUCGGACCGGAAGACGAGGAAGAUCUUCAGAACAGUUCGUUUUAUUUUUUUAUUCAUAUGGACAUUUUAGACAAGAAAGGACUUUUUUUAGAUAUGAAAUUGAGUUAGAUAAAAAAAUUUUUCAGAUAAAGUUUAAUUGAUAAAAAAAUUAGGUUAGAAAAAAAUAAUUUUUUUCAAGUUUUCUGGUGAGAAUUAGGUUAGAAAAAAAGUCGAAUAGUAUUUUUUUCAAUAAUACUUUCUUUUUUUACAUUGGACAAGGUUUUUUUUUUGUACUUGAAGCUCCUCUUGAAAAAUUUCAGAUUUUUUUUACAAGGUGAAUUUCGGCUUAAAUUUUCAUAGAAUUUGCUAUUUUUUUAUAUCAUUAUUAUGGCAAAAUGUUGAGUUUUCCAAUGAUCACAGUCUUGUUAUACGAAUAAAUCUGUUUUUUCUCAAUUAAGUCGAUAAUUUGAGGCCAAUUCGCCCAGCCGACGCCGGCUCAUUCGAUGGCCGCCUCGGCCAACGUCGGCUACGAAAUUCCCGCCCGACUUCGGACUCUUCACAAUUUGGUCAGUUUUUUCGAAGAUUUAUUGGUGAGAAACAUCUGUCCAAAAUUUUUCAUCAAAACAUUUAUUAUUUGAAGGAUAAAAUUCGAUCAAAAUGAAAAAAACGGCGAAAAAUAGUGAUAUUUUUUUGGAUAAAAAAACUCGACGUGAUUUGAAAAAAAGUUGAAUGUUCGAAAUCUCGGUCUUCUCGUACAUUUAUUAUAGAUAUAAAUUCAAAUUUGUUCGAAGAAAAAUAAAGUUUAUAAAAAAAUAACUGAUCUUCGAAAGUAAUAUGAAAUUUUUAAAAAUCCAAUUUUUUUCCAAAGUAGUUUUAUUUUUUUAUUUUGAGUUUCCUCAAGUUAAAUUUGAUAUUUUGAGAGUUAAAACCUUUAAAAACGGAAUUUUUUUGUUUUUUUAUAAGCUUUUUGAGUUAGUUUUUUUGAGGCUUCCCAUCCGAAAAAUUGAGAAAAAUUAUUGCUUUGUUAAUAUUUAAAUUAGGAAUUUUAGUUUUCUUUUUUUCCUCUUUUUUUCGAAGCUCCAGAAUAAUUUUUCCCAUUAAAUUUGUUCAUUUUUUUCUAGUAUCUGAAGUUUUUUUGACCGAGACCUUUUUGGAUGCUCUCCAUGUGAGUGAGUUUCUCGGCGUAACGUGACUUUUUUCUCACCCUAUACGUCGAAAAUCACUUAAAAUUGAACUCUUAAAAUUCAAGAAACGCACUAUUUUUUGUUAAAACACUUGAAAAAAAUAUAUACGUUGAAACAGGAACGUGAUUUUCAGGUGAUCCAAUACGCCUCCCAAGGGAGAUACGAAGUGGCGGUUCCUCUAUGCAAGCAGGCUUUGGAAGAUCUGGAGAAAACUUCCGGACAUGACCAUCCGGACGUCGCCACGAUGCUCAAUAUCCUCGCCCUCGUUUACAGGUUUUUUUUAAACUUCGAAACGCUGAAAAGUGUAGUUUCAAGGAGAAAAAAACUAGAAAAAUUGUCCGAAUUUGUGUAGGGACUCAAAGUUUGAGCCUCUGGAAUUUUUUUUCAUAUGAAAGUUUUGAAAUUUCGCUUUCAAUAAUUUUUUUAAGUCCCAGACUUUGAAGUUAUUUGCUUAUAGAACGUUGAAAAACCUUUUUUUCGUUAUAUAGAAAAAUAUUUAUGUAUCUCUUUUUAAGUUCAGUUUUUUUUCCAGUAACUUGAGGACUUUACUCUUACUUUUUUUAAAAAUUUUAGUCGAAAAAAAUUGUCGUUGCUACUCAACGAGCGUCUUGAUGAAAAACUUUGUAAUUGUCAAAAAAAUUUGCUUUUCAAAUACCUUUCACAUAAAAAAAGAUAAUAGAGACGUGGAAGUUUAGAAAAAAGUUCACAUAAAAAGCCAUUAAUAUCAGAAAAAAAGAAUAAUAGAAAUUUGACCAAAUUUUUUUAAUUGAUAUUUUCUGAAACUCUAUUAUAUUUCGUUUCAGAGACCAGAACAAGUACAAAGAAGCGGCGAAUCUUCUCAACGAAGCCUUGACCAUCCGAGAGAAAUGCUUGGGCGAAAGUCAUCCUGCUGUUAGUUUUUGAAACAAAUCGAAAAAAGCUGAAAGGAUUAGAUGAAUUUUGAGAAAACAUUCGGGACGUUGAAAAAAAUAAUAAACUGUUUCGAAAAAAAUAGAAAUCAAUAGAAAAAAAUUGGGAAAAAAAUUGAGUAUUUCUCGAUAAAUUUUACAAAAACGUCAAUUUUUUGAAAGAGAAAGGAAUUUUGCCCUUGCGGACUUUAAAUUUGCAUUUCAUUUUUUUAAAUUGAAACUUUCCGAAUUAUGAGUAGCCUAUUCUGGGUAUUGUAUUUUCCUCGAUAUGUAAUUUUUCAUUAUAUUAAAAUUAGAAAAUGAAUGGAAUUCUUAAAAAAAUGAGAUAGUUUGUCUGAAAAGAAAGCAUAAAAUCCUUUUUUUAAAAUUUUCUCUCUGAACUUUCUAGGAAUGAUCAAAAUUAAACCACAAAAAUUUAGAAUAGUCUUCAAUCUCUCAUGCUUUUGAGCAUAAGGUUUGAAAUGAAAUACGAAAAAAAACGCCGACUUUUUAAACCAAAACUGCUGAUUUUCCGAGACAACGACUGAAAAAACACGUUUGACAGACAAAUUGAAAGAAAACCGUGUGUUUUCAUUUAACCUGUUUUUGAAACUGGAGGUCAAAGUAUUUUCUCGCAAAAAAAAGAAGCAUUUUCAGGUCGCCGCUACAUUGAACAACUUGGCAGUUUUGUUCGGUAAACGAGGAAAGUUCAAAGACGCCGAGCCCCUUUGCAAAAGAGCCCUCGAAAUUCGUGAAAAAGUUGGCGAACUUACAGAAAAAUCAGGGUAAAAUUGAUCAUUUUCAAGGUCCUCGGAAACGACCAUCCCGACGUCGCGAAGCAGCUGAAUAAUCUUGCUUUACUCUGCCAAAAUCAAGGGAAAUACGAAGAAGUCGAGAAGUACUACAAAAGGGCCCUGGAGAUCUACGAGAGCAAGUUGGGACCAGAUGAUCCGAAUGUCGCCAAAACCAAGAACAACCUCUCGUCGGCGUAUUUGAAGCAGGGCAAGUACAAGGUCGGUUUUGACGGUUUAUCAGGGAUUUGGAAAAAAAAGAACCUGAACGUUUUAAUAAAAAUUUUUCGGUUUUGGCAACAUUUUCAGGAAUUUGAGUUUAAAAAAUUGAAAGAAAGAAGGAAUGGAAAAUUUUGAGAAAUAAUGGUUGGUUGAGGAAACUUUUUCAGAUAUUCGAACAGCUUGAAAAUGAAAAAAUAAAAGAAGAACUUGUAGAUUUUCAAAAAAAUUUUUCUCGUUCCGGCAUCUUUUUCAGUUACCGCGUCAUCUAAAAAAAUUAACGAAAAAAAUUAAAGAAGAAGAAUUUGAAAAAUUUUCAUGAGAAAUGUUUGGUUCUGGCCAUUUUUAUAGGAUUAGUAAUAAGAGAGUAAGUAGAGCUGAAGGCUAAAAAAAUGAAUAAAAAGAUCAAAAAAAUUAGGAGAAAAAAAUAGGAGAGUUGCUUCCAGAAUAGGUUUUUUUCAGCCUUUAUAAUAAUCCAAUUAAAAAAAUACUAUAAAAAAAUGAAAAUGAGACUAGAAUUUUUUUCAAGUUUUCAUAGUUUUCCAUACAUCACAACUGCUUUUGAUAUCGCUUCUGUUCUCACUUUCUUUUGCUAGUGUUUUUUUUUUUUCAUCAUCUUUUUAAUAUAAGAACCGUAAAAAAGAUGAUCAUAGUCAGGAAAAGUUCCAAGCAAGCAUUCCUGGAUGACUUUGAAUAAAGGAGUUUGAUGAAUUUUUCCAAAAAAGAUGAAGAGAAAAUCCUCAAUGGAUGAAAAUCUGAAUCAAGUUUUCUUUGUCCGAAACUUUCUAUUGCUGUUUCAGGAAGCAGAAGAGCUGUACAAGCAGAUCCUGACGAGGGCCCACGAACGGGAGUUCGGACAGAUCAGCGGGGACAACAAGCCGAUCUGGCAGAUCGCCGAGGAGCGGGAGGAGACCAAAGGCCGCGGCGGCGAGCCUCAGCCUCUGCCCACCGAUCAGAACGGCUGGGCCAAGGCCGCCAAAGUUGAUAGGUUCGUCGGGAACUCACUGACACUUUUUCAAAGAUCAUUCCAAUGAAAAUAAUCGAUUCUAGCCGGUUGUUUUCCAGUCCGACCGUCACGACGACGCUGAAGAACCUCGGCGCCCUCUACCGUCGCCAAGGAAAGUACGAAGCCGCCGAAACGCUUGAAGACGUCGCCCUGAGAGCCAAAAAACAGGUGCGUUUACCUUGAAAAACUUCCAGAAAAAAAGUUCCCGGUGUGUUUUGAAGCUUCUUGCAAGAUCUCCUUUUUGUGACGAUCCGAACACGCGUUCACACAUAAUCCUCCCAUGUAGGCUGAAUCGUGACCUCAGGCCAUCGAAAAAGCGCAAACCGACCGGUUGGCCCAGCUGCUGGCGAAAGUCGCCUCAAGUCGGGCGCCGCCUCUCGACCUCGAGCCUCGCGGUGACGUCAUCGCCGGUCUGGCCGACGUCGCGGUCGCGUCGCGGCUCUCCAGCGGCGUGACGUCACGAGUCCGCCAUGCGGCUCCGUAUCGCGCAUUCUGACAGUGUGGGUUAGGUGGUCGUGCGUAGAUGCCGGGGUGAAUGAUGGGAAUCAUUGUCGGCAUUUGGAAUGGCUCGUCGCGUCGCGGUCCCGAUGCGUGUCGGCUUCUGAAUUUCGAAUGCCUAGGCGAACACAGAGUCAUUCAAAAUGCGGUCAAAAUAUGUAAGAUUUUGAAACUUUUUUUGAGAUAAUUGCUAUUUGUUACUUGGGAACUCUAUAAAGGAAAUUUUAAAAAAAUGAUAUUCUGAAAAAUUUAAACAAAAAGAAUAUUUUUUUUAGAUUUGGAACGUCUUUUUUUGUCCCAUGAGACAACUUUUUUUGAGUCAAAAAAAUAGAUUUUUUUCAGAAAAAGAUUUUUUUAGUAAAACUUUCAUAUGGCAAAAACUUCUCAAUUUCAAGUCUUCCUUUUUUUAUUUAUUAAAAAAACCGGAAUUUUUUUCCCAUCAUUCACACCGAUUUAAAUGGGAGAAGCUUCUGAUGAUUCACAUUCUCAACAUUGAAGCCCCGCCCAUUUUUCCGCGCCCUAGGCAACAAAAAUAGACAGCACCGCAGCAGAGGCACACUUGAGUGGUCGUUAGCGCACAAAAUCCUUGUUUCCGAUUUUUUUUCUCAAAAAAAUAUGUGAACGCGUGUUCGUAUUGUACUAGAAAAAAAUUGGUUAGAUUGUGUAGAAAAUGGAAAAAUUUGAAUUAUUUUCAAUCGAUAAAAUUAAUUUUUAAACUUCCCCGAAAUGGCUGCCUGCAUCAUUUGAAUUGAGCUUUCUCUUUUUUGUUGGUGAGAUUUUGGUGUGAUUGGCCGCAACUCCCGUCAUUAUAUCGUUGUGCUGUUUCAGUUCCUUUACUUAUUUCAAAUUGACUUUCGGUAGAAUUACGUCUUUAAUUCGGUAUUUAAUUUAUUUCUUGUUUCUAGGUUUGGUAGAAAGGAGGAUAGUUUUCUGAAAAGAUCAAAAGGAUUUUUUCAUAGGGAAGUUGGUGGGUUUCCUCGUGGUUUUGGGUUAGAAAAAUUAUUAAAAAUCGGAAGUUUCUUCUUCAUAUGUGCUAGAAUUACCAAAAUCGAGUGAAUUUUGAAGAUUUAUGAUUUUUUUUGAACCUCAAACAAUAUCAGGUUUUUUGAUUUUUUUUUAGGAAUUCAUGAAAAUCGGCCUCCUGAUAAGGGUGAAGAUUCUGUAAACCAAAAAUCAAAAAAGAAAUUUGUAAAGAAAUAGCCUGAACCGGCGUUUUUUGAACUUUUCGAAGUUGAGUAGGGCUUCUUCAGUUAUAGCCUGUGUACCGCGACUUGGAAUUUCACGGAACGACAUUCCGCUGUGCCGCUGCGCGCCUUUGCGAACCUUGGUCGCGCUUUUAAAUUUUUUCUAUAAUUAAGUUACUUUUAUUUUCAUGUGCUUCUACAGCAAUAACAAUCAAUUGAAAGCUUUACCUAGAUUCGAAAGACGCUUCGCGAGCGCACUCAGCGGAACAGCGGAAUGUCGUUCGGUGAAAUUUCAAGUCGUGGCACACAGACUAAUAAAAUUUAAAAAACUUGGAUUUCGGGAAACCCACCAACUCUAGAAUAAUCUAGCCUUUUCCCUCGCUGAAGAAAUAGGAUGGAUCUCUGCGCCAAUUGCCGUAUCGUGUCGUUAUUUUUUGCAGCAAGAGCCGUUCGGAAGGACGGCCAACGUCGACGAAAUGACGGCGUCGAUGAUGGGCGCCUCGGUGACGGCCCCUCGAUCCGCCAUGACCAGCAGCCAGUCGCAGACCGGCCUCAAGAACAAGCUGAUGAACGCCCUCGGCCUCAACUCGUAA